AUGACGGCGACGACGACCACGACGACGUUCACCAUGUCGCCGAGGUUCCUGUUCCUUCUUGGAUCUCUGAUUCUGCUUGCUGGAUCACAGGUCCGAGCUCAAGACGACGAAGGCGGUGACGGGCUAGACGCGAACGCCGAGGAAUUGUGCCAAGACAGGCCGGGUGACGAAUACUUCCGUUUAAACGUCGAGGGUGACUGUCGAGAUGUCGUGAGAUGCGACAAAGCCACCGAGAUCGGCGUGACCAGGCUGGCCACCGUUCGCUGCCCGACAGGCCUGGCGUUCGACAUCGAGAGGCAGACCUGCGACUGGAAGACGAACGUGAAGAACUGCGACCAGCUCGAGA